AUGUGGGGACGUGACAUGCGCGCUGGCGAGGCCGCGGAGGCAGGGAUGCUGCGCCUCAGCCACAGCGAGGCCCCGCUGGGCGUUCACCUGGACGUCGAGCUGGCGCUCCACUGCGUGCGCGUGGCCUUGGCGCCGGCCUCGUGGCAAGAGCUCGCUGGAUUCCUGGCGGCGCUGCAGGUGGCGCCUGCGACCAGCGAGGCAGCGGCCAUGCAGCGCCUGCCGGCCGUGUGGCCCUGGAAUUCCCUCUGCGUGGCGAUGCCCCAUCCAAUGAGCAUUCGCUGCGCUCCUGCCGUGCUCGAGUGA